AGAGAGAGAGGGGUUUCUGCAGCUGACUGUCUAGGUCUUGCUCUCAUUUUAGAGGGUUAAACAGACAGACAGAUAGAUUAAAGAAAGAGAGAGAGAGAGAGACAGACAGAGAGAGACAGAGAGAGGGGAGAAAUAUGGAUACUUUGGCUUUAGAAGCCACCCUGCCCAAAAAGGCUCAGCCCACCGCGCUGAUCACAGGCCCCCCUGUCCCUGCGCCUACCAAACGCAAACCUGCAAAGAAAACUAAGAAAGCUGUUGUCUUUUUUGAGGUGGAGAUUCUGGACGCCAAGACCAAGGACAAGCUCUGCUUCCUGGACAAGGUGGAGCCCAAUGCGACCAUCGGAGAGAUCAAGUCGAUGUUCCAUAAGAGCCACCCUCAGUGGUAUCCCGCCAGACAGUCCAUUCGUCUUGACCCCAAGGGGAAGUCACUGAAGGAUGAAGACGUGUUGCAGCACCUACCUGUGGGCACCACGGCAACCUUCUACUUCAGAGACCUUGGAGCGCAGAUCAGCUGGGUCACGGUAUUUCUAACGGAGUAUGCAGGUCCUCUGUUGAUUUAUCUGAUGUUUUAUUUCCGGGUGCCGUUCAUCUACCCACCAAAAUACGACUUCACCACCAGCAAGCACUGGGUCGUACACUUGGCAUGUAUGUGUCACUCCUUCCACUACGUUAAGAGACUACUAGAGACUCUGUUUGUCCACCGCUUCUCUCAUGGGACGAUGCCGCUCCGUAACAUCUUCAAGAACUGUACAUAUUACUGGGGAUUCGCUGCAUGGAUGGCUUACUACAUUAACCACCCGCUCUACACGCCCCCCACUUAUGGAGAGCAGCAGGUGAAAAUGGCGCUCAUCAUUUUCCUGUUCUGCCAGAUCGGCAACUUCUCCAUACAUAUUGCACUGAGAAACCUACGACCUCCAGGCUCUAAGACAAGGAAGAUUCCUUAUCCAACUAAAAACCCCUUCACCUGGAUCUUCCUGCUGGUGUCCUGCCCCAACUACACCUAUGAGCUGGGUUCCUGGCUGGGCUUCACUCUGAUGACUCAGUGUCUGCCGGUGGCCUUCUUCACUCUGGUGGGCUUCAUCCAGAUGACCGUGUGGGCCAAAGCAAAACACCGCAGCUACCUGAAGGAGUUCCGCGAUUACCCUCCUCUCCGCUCGCCCAUUCUACCAUUUGUACUGUAGAACAGCCCCCUUCCAAUUCGCAUCCAUCCACCCUGCACUCAUCCCCUAACCCCUUCUAAAAACCCUACCAUCGCCUCUGCUUACUCGUUUCCCCGUGACAAUCUGGCCUAAAUUCCAAAUCCAUCUUUCUAACCCUUGUUCCCUAAGCCCUUCCCCUAAGGUCCUUCUCACAGUGACGGUGACAAACUAAGAGCCACACUUUUCCCCCAUUACCCCAAGUGAUGAUCAGCCAGGAUGUGUUUAGUGUCUGAAGUUUGCUGCUUAUUAGUGCAGUGAGGCUAUUGUAGCCAACAAGCGAUGGGAGGUUAUGUACAGCAGUUAUCAUCGUACCACCUUUAUGCCUACAUCAUCACACGCUUGCCUCAAGCCGUGCUGAGUAAAGCUACAUGGACUGUUUAUGUGGUUUCUGACACUGUGUGGUACAUCGAGUGCGUUUACGUGCACUUAAUAAUCCGAUAAGUGCAGACAAUCAGAUUUUGUCAGUAAUCUGAUCAACAUGUUCACAUGCACUUGAGUAAUCAGAUAAUGGGAAACUCCAGGUCUACACCAGUCAGACAGUAAGCGGAUUUCUGCUUUGAAGCCGGCCAAUAAACGCAGAGUAAGAUGUGAUGUGAACGUAACGUAAAAUCAAACUUCAUGCUGCUGCGUUUUUAAUCAUCGAGCCACUUUACCCGAAAAUAUAUUCAUCAUCUUGAAUUUAAAUCACUUUGCCAAGCACGAAUUCGGUUUCAGUUUCGCUCCAAAAGUGUUUAGCUGCAUCUCGCGGUACGGCCGUCUGUUUGCACACGCAAAAGAAAUCCGAGUAGGAGUUCACGUGCACUGAGAAAUCUGAUUACUGAGCUAAAAUCCAGCCUCUUUUAACAGAUUUUUAACAGAUUUCUAGGCCUUAGUCCAGUCUAAGACAUUUACAUGAUCAUUGAAAUAAUCUGAUAACUGCAGAAAUCUGAUUAUAGAGUGCACUUAAACACGCCCACGGUUAUCUAUAAAUACGGACUAAGAUGAUCUACAUUUGGCGUAAGGGGAAAAUUGUGUAGAUGCCAUUUUUCGCUAAACUAUUACUUCAAAAUAAUAUAGUCCACAGUGUAUUUCAGCAUCAACAUCAGGGAAAAUAAGGCUGUCCAAUAGUUUGGGGUGCAUAUGAGGGGUCGGUGCUCAUUCUACUCCAGCGCCUUUCAGCUUUAUCUCAGUCUACUUCAGUUGUAGCAUGGAGAUUAGGCCUACAAACGCUGGAUUCUCUUAACGGUACUGGAAGUGUUUCUGUAUGUAAAGACUACUAAAAGACUGAUUGCUCAGUAACUGUUUUACAGUCAGUUUAAAGAUUUAUUGUUUUAAUUGUAAAAUGAUUUCAGGCAGUGCUGAUGUUUGAAAAAGCUUUUCUAACCACGACUGUGUUCAGCACCAUGUACUUUAUCCAAAACCAGCUACUAAUGCGAACGGGCUACAAUAAAGGCUGAUUAACCAUAAAGCAGAAUACAAACCUGACCUGACGGAGCACAAAGCUGGAAUAUCAUUGUUCUUGGUGAUGAUUUUUUGUUAAUUUGUAAACAAAUUUUUUGGAAGAAAAAACAAAAACAAAACAGAACAUCAAAGGCACUUUUUCUGAACUCUGUUUACCGAUAUUAAUGUUUACAUUCAAAAUACACACUACAUAUUUUCUGC